AAUCUUAAGAGAGCAAGUGGGAUGGGAAAAUUCCGUAGUACCCUUCUCUUAGUUUGUUUGAUUCAAGUCUUGUUCUUCUUCAUCUCAUCAGCAAGCAGCAGCAGUAGUAGUGGAAAGAAAGUUCCAGCGAUUAUCGUGUUUGGUGACUCGUCUGUGGAUUCUGGGAACAACAACUUCAUCCCCACCAUAGCGAGAAGCAACUUCGAGCCUUAUGGACGUGACUUCUUCGGUGGCUUUCCCACUGGAAGGUUCUCCAAUGGCAGAAUCCCUCCCGACUUCAUCUCCGAAGCCUUUGGCCUCAAACCCUACGUUCCUGCUUACUUAGAUCCUUCCUAUAAUAUCUCUGAUUUUGCUGUCGGUGUUUGCUUUGCUUCUGCUGGUACUGGCUAUGACAAUGCCACUUCUAAUGUUGCUGAUGUGAUACCAUUAUGGAAAGAAGUGGAGUACUACAAGGAGUACCAGAAGAAGCUAAGGUCUCAUCUUGGCACCGACAAGGCGAACAAGAUAAUAAGAGAAGCUCUAUACCUAGUGAGCAUAGGAACAAACGAUUUCCUGGAAAACUAUUACACUUUACCGGAACGACAACUUGAGUUCACAAUUGAGGAGUACGAGGAUUUUCUGAUAGGUUUAGCAGAGAACUUCCUUAGAGGGCUGUAUGACCUUGGAGCAAGGAAGGUGUCCCUCACAGGGGUCCCUCCAAUGGGGUGCUUGCCCCUGGAAAGGGCCACCAACAUUUUGGAGUACCAUGGAUGUGUGGAGGAAUACAACAAUGUGGCGUUGGAGUUCAAUGGGAAGUUGGGUCAGUUGGUGACGAAACUGAAUAAGGAGCUUCCUGGGUUUCAAUUGGUUGAUGCAAAUGCAUUUGACUUCAUACUGCAAAUUAUCACACAGCCUUCUCGGUUUGGUUUUGAAGACUCAGGAGUGGGGUGUUGUGGAACAGGCAGAUUUGAGAUGGGUUUUCUGUGCGAUCCAAACAGUCCUUUCACCUGCCCUGAUGCCAAUAAAUAUGUAUUCUGGGAUGCCUUCCACCCUUCUGCCAAAACCAGUCAGCUUGUCUCUAAUUAUAUCACUCAAACUCAUCUUUCCAAGUUUCUCUGACAUUGUUUUAAUUUGUUUCUUUCUCAUAUAUUUUCAUAAAUCUUGAUGACCAAAAUCACAUUAUCAUUAUUAUAAUAACUAUUUUAAUAAAAUAUCAGUCUUUAAUUACUGUAUUAAUUAUUAUGCACCUGUGAUUUUGGUUAACAAUUUGUGUCUACAAGAAAAUGUUACUUUAUAUAUUGCUGUAAUUUGUUUAGUAAGUUGAACAGAUAUCUGUUUUUUUAUAUUGUUAUAAUCCUGUCUUUAUUUCAUUAUUUUUAAUUUAAUGAAAUAUCCAAAAUAACUUUUUGUUUAGUUGUUAAAAUUCUGAGAAUUGGAUAUAUAUUUUGCUUGUAUUUUUGGUUAUCUUAUAAUGUGAAAGGCAUUCUAUAAAUUUUUCGCUGAGCAUCUGGAAAAUGUGGAAGAAGGCAUAGGAAUUCCCAUUUCUCUGUAAAGUAGUAGAGAUAUAUUUAUAUUUAUUGCAUUUGUAAUAUCGUCUUAUAUAUCAUCACUAUACAAUGACAAUUAAUUCAAUUAUCUUUUUUUAUUUAUGGACACAAAUUUUGAUUUCAUUUCAUCCUAUAUGUAUACCGAACAAAUCUUAGACUAUCGUUUAUAUUUAAUGUUUACUGUUUA